AUGUCCGGUCGAUCUCGAACGCUCAGUACUCCGCGAUGGAUCCAUGAACAUUGUGAAGACGAUAUUGCGACUUUUUCGUCUGUUAUCCUCAAAGUUGGUGCCGGCCCGCCUGGUGCCGUACGAGUCAGUUUGCCGAAUCAGUUUCUUCAUCAAUCUCCUUCAUCACCAAACGUCACAGACAUGUCGCUUCUAGUUCUUUCAGCAAGCGAUGUUGAUGCCCUUGUUUCCGAAUUCACCCCACUGGAUCUACAGCUCCUAAUGGCACGAGUAUUUGCUCAGUUCUCGAGGCCCAGAGCAGGCGAGGAAGCAGAAGGGAAAGCAGGCCGUGGAAUAUGCAUGCCUCCUCGCCUGAGCGUUCCGAUGCCCAAACACACGGUGCUCUUCAUGCCGGCGCGUCUGGGUGCUGUGCCCGGCCAAUCCGUCGACCCGCAGGCGAAUUUCCAAGGUACUGCGGUCAAAGUAGUUUCUGUGCCCAAGUCAGGCGACCCAAGGGGUCUUCCUGGGACUACUCUUGUCCUGGACGAAGCGACGGGGGCAGCGAAGGCCGUCGUCAACGCCCGGAAAUUGACUGCCCUCAGAAAUGCCGCUGGUUCUCUACUCUCCACAAGUAUCGUAGGGCCUUCAAACCCGCAGACCUUGGUUACCCUCGGCGCUGGAAAGCAGAUCGAGGCUCACAUCAACCUCCAUCUUCGACGAUUCCCUUCCAUCAACCGAUGCACGAUCGUCAACCGAACUCUCAACGAGAGAGCAUCGAGUCUUAAGGAUGCAGUUUCCACCCAGUUCCCUUCUGUAACCUUCCGACUACUCGCCUCAGACCCAAUUUCUGAUUCCACCAUCCAUACCACAAAAGAAAUCGAACAGGCCAUUCGAUCAGCAGAUCUCAUCGUAUGCGCCACAUCGUCCACGAAAGCACUCUUCCCUUCUUCCUGGGUGAGGGAUGGCACGCACAUUAUCCUUAUCGGGAGCUACACCUCAGCCAUGCGAGAAGUCGACGAUGCCCUCAUACGUCGUUCUCUGAAGCCAAAUUCGUCCCGAUCCACUAACCUCAUUGUUGAUUCUGGCGAGGCGUGCCUUCAUGAGGCAGGCGAACUCAUCGCUGCGGGGCUUCAUCCCUCCCAGAUGGUCGAGAUUGGGGAGUUGGUGCCUACGGAUGAUGAAGGAAAUGUCGACAUCCAGGCUUACUCGAGCUUGAUAGAGAAAAAGAGACCGCGUCAGGAUGGAGGUGGGUUCGAUGGACCUGUAACGAUAUUCAAGUCUGUUGGAGUUGGGAUUCAAGAUGUGGCGAUCGCGAGUGCAAUUGUCAACAAGGCACUGUCGUUCUCUGGUGGGAGAAUUGGCACACAGAUCGCUAGUUAUGACGGUUGA